AUGUACAUUCCAUGCAGUAAUGAGAAUUCACCAGCUCGGCUUUCUGUCCGAGUUUUGGAAGCGAGGAAUUUGCCAAUUAUGGACAAAUCGAAUGAUACAACCGACGCGUUCGUUGAAGUUUUUCUCGGAUCUCAAAUAUAUAAAACAGAAAUUUGUUGCAAAAAUUUAAGUCCAAUUUGGAAUUCUGAAGAAUUUAUAUUUGAGACUGAUGAACAGAGUCUUUUUGAUAACCAUCUUUCAUUUCGUAUUAUGGAUCAUGAUACUUAUUCUGCUAAUGAUGCAAUUGGGCGGAUAUUUUUCGAUGUAAAUAUGUUAGUAGCUAGAAUCCGCCAUUCAGAAACUGAAACAUAUUUCACAGAAAUUUCCGCUUGGUUGCCAAUCUACGAUACAAUUCUUGGUCUAAGAGGAGAAUUGCAUGUCUAUAUUUCAUUGAAAUUGCUGGUUUUGAAUGCAACUGCAAAAUACAUUCACGUUCUUUCUAGUAAUUGUUUUUUAUAUGAGCAUAUUCAACAUGUUUCUCGCACGAAACGAGGUUUUUUAAAUUUUUCAGCAAAGAUUAUUCCUCCACAUCUUCGGAUCGUUUCAAUCUUAGGAUUACUCAGCGACAUUCAAACAAUAUCAGAUCCAGAAUACCAAUGGAUCGAUAGAAUCAGAUCCCCUCGCGCAUCCAAUGAAGCACGGCAAUAUAUCAUUCGAAAAUCACUGAGAGAUUUGGCAAGAAAUAUUGCACGAAAAGCAUACUCUUUAGGAGCGAACGCCAUAUUUGGAUAUAAUGAAUUCGCAGAUAUUGAGGGUGAAAGUACAGGACAAAUAUCAUUUCGUGUUUAUGGAACAGCAUUAAAACUUGUCCUUUGCGACAAAGAAGAUGCAGUAGUAGAGAAAAUUCUGUAUCCAUUGAUAUCGUUAAGUAUUCUUCCUAUUCCAUAUGUUCUCGGCUUUGCUGCCAUUGUUUGUGCUCGAGUGGUUCAUAUUCUUGAAGAUGACGAUGAUAUAGAUGAAACAAAGAAGAAAUGGUGGAAUGAAUUAAAAUUAGAACUUCUUCGGCAGGCCUUUCGUUUAGGAUGUAAUGUAGUGAUAAGCUAUGCCGAACAACUCACAGUUCGUGGAAAGAUUGCAUUGUUAAGUUGCUCCGGCUCUGCUGUUUCAGUGGCUUUAACUAAAAAUUCUCUACCAGUGAAGUCUUGUAGUUUUUUUCACGUACCAUAUUCCAGUGAUGCUGUGCCAUUUAAUGUUGUUCUUACAAAAUGUGUUUUGUGCAAGUCAAUUAAACAUCAACAUUUUGGAAUUUGGCGAAUUUUCAAAUAUUAUUAUUAUAGCUCAGGUCAAUGUGCUGAUUUGGUAAUAAGCAGUUGUUGUGUGCCUGCUCCAAAUCUUUUAAUCGGACAGCGACUUCCUUUGCAAGUUCAUGUAAUCAGAAAAAUAACAUCGCCAGAAUUCGAUGAACAAACGGCAUUAGAAAUUAGUCGCGCACUUCCAUUUAUGGAACAUGAACUCUAUGAUAAAAUAGUUCAGGAAGCUCGUUCAAUAAAUAUUCAUUUUAAUGCUAUUUUCGAUUUAAAAACUUUCAUUAUAUUAAGCGAAAGUUUUAUUUUAGCAGUCGCUUCAGGAACAGUUUGUGCAAUUAAAUGUUUAGGGUCGCGUUCAUCGGUUUCUUCUGCGGCUUUAACAGAUAGGCGGUUGGCAGAUAAUCGAAGAUUUUCGUGGACUUCAGUUUGUGAUGCCAUGCGUUCGAAAAAUUUGAAUUCUUCCACUAGUAAUAAUUCUACUAUGAUUUUAAAGGUCAUACCACUUAGAACAUCCCUUGUGGUUGCUGAAGAUGGAAAUCAUCGACAUCGUGGAAAAAUGGAGAAAAUUGUCGAAAAAUUUCGGAAGAAAGCUAUAAGCAGGAGUCAAUUUACUCGGAUAGUGUUCGAAAGGGAUGUUGGUUUACAAAUGGGUGUCGUAGCUGAACGCGAAAGUAUUUUAAAUAAUGAUAUCGCUGGUGUGCAUAUUUUGGGGACUAGUGAUAAAUUUGCUGUUACUUGUGAGCCGCAUCAAGAGUCUUCUCAUUUACUUAAUCGAUACACAGCAGUUUUUGUCCGUGAAACUAGCGAGUCAGUAAAAGAAAUGGAUUUAGAUUCCAUUAUUGAAAUGGUAUUCAAUGAUUCUUUGAUAUCGGUCAGAAAUCAUGCCAGCGCGAUUGGCUGUUCCGGAUUGGCUUCAUUUUCCAUUGUGUCAACAGAUUUCCACGCGUGCCGUGAUCGUGUCCAAAUUCUUUUACUCAUUACUGGAGAUCUCCUCUACAAAACAUGUUUGUGA